UGUUACUGUAAUUAUUAAAAAUAAAGUUUAUACAUUUAAAUACAACAUGGCAGCGUGGGCUGGAUUUUCAGAGGAAGAGCUGAAAAAGAUUCAACAGAAAGAGGAAGCCAAUGACACAGCAGCCGCUUCAUUUGGCCGAGGCAGGAGAUCAGCUCCAACGAACCGGAGCAGGCAGCAGCUGCAGCGGGAGAAGGCUCUGCAAAUGGCCGUUAAACAAAAGGGUGGCGGUAGCUCUACGGUGUCGCCCGACCAGCAGCUUCAACCUCCUCUGCCUCCUUCUCCCAGCCCUACAUGUUCAACAAAAGAGCAAGAUCUGAAACAGGUGGAACCAGAAACACCCAAGCUUAACUCCGUGCCACCCUCAGAAGAUCCACAAGUCACGGUGAUGGAACUGGACACGCAGGAAGUGGAAUUACGAGAGAAGAACCGACUGCAGCAGCUUCAAUGGGAGCAGCGUGUUAUGGAAGAGAAGAAUAAAAAGACAAAAGCCCUCCUUGCAAAGACCAUUGCUGAAAAGUCUAAGCAGACGCAGGCCGAAGCUGUGAAGUUGAAGAAGAUCCAGAGAGAGCUUCAGGUUCUGGAUGAUUCUGUAUCGACCGACAUCGGCAUUCUCAGAAAGCUGAUUGAGCAAGCCAGCUUUGAGUAUUCCAUUGCAUGGAAGCGUUUGGAGAAAGCCGAGGCCGAGUAUGUGGUGGCUAAGCUGGACCUGCACAGAAAGACCGAGGUCAAGGAGCAGCUGACGGAGCACCUCUGUGCCAUCAUCCAGCAGAACGAGCUGCGCAAGGCAGAGAAGCUGGAGGAGCUAAUGCAGCAACUAGAGCUCCACACGCAAGACGCAUCGGAGGGGAGCGAGGAAACGAAAGCUCCCGCCCCGGUUAAUAAAACCACAGUGGAAAGUGAUGGAGAAACUAUGAUGGAUGGCACUGAUACUGGCGUGGAUGCUGAUCUGACUGUACCAAAGACAUGCAAAGAUCAGGAGAAAGAACUGUGCACAGCCACUGUAGAAGGCAUGAGCUAGCCACAACCUGCCCACUCAUCAUAUUAUUAUUAGAAUUUAUACUGGGCUGUUGUUGUAACUGUAAAACAGCUAAAAUAUUGUGGAAUUUUUACAGCCUUAUUACCAGGUGCUGGUGGUUAAAACAUGAAUAUUCUUGUUGGUAUUGUAUUAUUUAUUAUGGUGGGGGAAAUAUGUAGUUUUAUUGGCUGUAAAAAAAAUGGCAUUGCCCAUAACUGGUGUCUACAUUGUACAAUCUCGGUUCAAAUAUAUUUUAUUUAGGCUAUGUCAUGGUUCUUUGGGUAUUCAUUAGUUAUGCAUAACAUAUACUAUAAAACAACCUGUAAUACUAUAUAUUUGUUGGUUAUUCAGAAUUAUUCUUAGUUUAUGAAAUGUGACAUUUGAAAAGUAGUCGGUAGCUAAUUAUAUAGCUGCGCACACUGGUUGUUUAAUCAAAUAUGAAGGGGCAAUGUUUUGAUUGCACCCGAACCUGCAUAAUCUGGGCAUGGCAGCAAGCCAUAGUUCAAAGCAACCGUUUUGAAGCUGACAGCAGCUUUUUAUAUAAUGUUUAAUGUUUCUUUAAAACCUACACAGUGAUUUUUAUGUGGAUACGGCUUUGUUCAUUUAAUGAAAAGGGAAAAGCACCAACAGUGUGUACUGGUUAGUGGUCGUUGGUGUGUUCUUUUUCUCUACAUGAAUUAUUCAAAAGACAUUCUGGGUAAUGUGCUUGCAAGAUUGUAAGGGGAUAUUCUGUAAUUUAUGGAGAUUAUUCACCCUGUCCCAGAUCCACCAGAAUGUGUUUGAUUGAUGGUAUGUUUUAAACCUGCAGUUUUGACAGAAGGUCCUCAAGUCAAAGGCUUGAAUAUCGUCGUUAAGCGAUGUAAUGCUUUCUUUAAUGUUGACACUAAUAUUUAAUGGUGAAAUAUUUUGUAAGAUUUCAUGCAUAUAAAUGUAAGUCACAGUAUUUUAAAAUUACUGUAAAAUCCCAGAUGUUAAUUCCAAGUAAAUCAUGUUAAAACUGUAAGUUUUUAGUUCACUUUUUUUUGUUAGUGCAUUUGAUU